AUGGCUACCGAAGUUCCUCAUUGUAUGGUUAAUUCCUUGUCCAGUCAGUCUGUGUUGNUGGAGGGUCCAUUAUUGGAAGGUCAUUUGAAUCUUAUUGUGGAGCUGCUGACGUUUUCCUCAAUUGAGGAGAGACACAGUUUAGGGAGUAAACCAGGAGGAAUGAACCUCAUACCUAACCUCAUCAACGAUUUCUUGUUUCGAGCCUCAAGACUAGUGAAGAAACUAAAGACUACACCUGAUCUACAGUACAAUGAUGAGUUAGCUAGUGGUAUAUGCUCCAGUCCUGACAGUAUUCAAGCUUGUUAUAAACUAUUGAAUGCACUUUGUGUUGGAGUGAAGGAGAACAUUGAAAUACUUAGUGAACUAAUCUCUGAUAUAUUCUACAAUGAUGAGCCUCCAUUGGUGGAGUGGGAGUAUUAUCCUCAUGUUGGUCCUCGGCCCACUAGAGGGUAUGUGGGACUGAAGAAUGCUGGAGCCACCUGCUAUAUGAAUGCUGUACUCCAACAAUUGUACAUGAUCUCUCCGGUCAGAAAUGGUGUCCUCUCACUAUCAGAGCCAGCAGUGCAGCUGAUUAAUGAAACUGACAAAACAGAACAAGACAAUAAAGGAAAAUCAGUAGAUGGUCCACUGGUCCCUGCUAGUACUGACCGGAAGGAGACAUUCUAUGUACCCAAAGGAUUCUGGAAGGACUUCAGGCUGGAGGGUCAGCAGGUUAACCUCAGAGAGCAGCAUGAUGCCUUUGAGUUCUUUAAUACACUAGUGGACAGUGUGGACGAGGGACUGAAAGCUUAUAAUGCCACACCAAUCAUCAGCAAAGUACUGGGAGGAUCUUUUGCUGAUCAGAAGAUAUGUAAAGGAUGCCCUCACAGGUUUUCUCGUGAGGAGCCCUUCACUGCUAUUAAUGUUGACAUCAGGUUACAUCAUAACCUGUUUAAGUCUCUUGAUUCAUAUGUGAAAGGAGACCUACUGGAGGGAGCUAAUGCUUACAGGUGUGAGAUAUGUAACAAAGAGGUUGAUACUGUUAAGAGGAUGUGUAUCAAUAAGUUACCUCAAGUGCUGGUCAUUCAACUGAAGAGAUUUGACUAUGACUGGGAGAGAGAGAUGGCUAUUAAAUUCAAUGAUUAUUUUGAGUUUCCAAAAGAGUUUGAUCUAUCACCGUACACUGCAGCAGGACUGGCUGAAAUAGAAGGUGAGAGGAUACCAUUCACUACCACCAACACUGACACUAAGAAAGAAGGAGGAGGAGGAGGAGGAGGAGGAGUGAAGGGUGAAGGAGCUGAUAAUGAUGAUCCUUCAAUGAGUACUAAGUACAGACUAAGGGGGAUACUGGUACACAGUGGGCAGGCUAGUGGAGGACACUACUACUCUUUUAUUAACGUCAAGCCUCCAGGGUCUGAUCAAGCUAAGUGGUUCAAGUUUGAUGAUGGAGAUGUAUCUGAAGCUAAAAUGGAGGACGAGGAAGAGUUUAGGAAUCAAACGUUUGGAGGUGAUUACACUGGAGAGGUGUAUGACCAUGUACUGAAGAAGAGUCAUCAAAGGCGUCAGAAGAGAUGGUGGAGUGCCUACCUUCUGUUCUAUGAUAGAAUAAGGAAAGAUGGAACUGACCUUACUAGUGGAGAUGAUUCAUCUUGUUCUGUUCCCAGUCCAAUCAUGAAAUUAGUUCAAAAACAGAAUUUAGACUAUCUACACAUCAAGUCUCAUUUCUCCAUUCCUUACUACCAGUUCAUGAAGCAAUUAUUAAUCAUUAAUUACAAUUUUGCAAAGACACAAAUUGAUGCCAACAAUCCUAACGAACCAAUGGAAAACUUUGAGAAGAUAGGUAGUCUUUGUAUGAAGCUAGUGACAAAGUUUUUAUUCCACAGUGGGUUCCACACUAAGAAGACACUGAGAGGUCCUGCUAACGACUGGUUUGAUGCCAUGAACCCAUACUUGUAUUACAGUUCAAGGAUCAGGAGGUGGUUCUGUGAUGAAGUGUUCAUUAAACACAGAGAAAGGUUCUGUGCUUACCUGUUAGAGUGCCCAUCAACUGAAUUAAGGAACAUGUUUGCUAAGUUGAUCCCUCAUUUGUGUCACAUCACCAACAAAGAUGAGAAAUUUGAAAUACACUUGAACACUGCCACUGGAAUACAUGUUUCAGAGCACUUGUUCAGUGACAUUGCUCUCAACCAGUUAUUGACAUUACUAAAGAAGGAGGUAUCUGAUCACAGCAGACACUUACACCAGUACUUCCAAGUCUUCCUAGCCUACGCUCAUAAAGGAGCCUAUGAAGUAAGAACC